UUUACAAAAACGAAUCAUUAUUUACACUUGUAGAAACACACUUUAGGGUGUCAAAAAAUGUUGACUGAAAAUGUAUAAAAGAAAAGAGUAAAUCGAAACUUCCACUUCAGGUGAAGGAGACAGCUAAAUUGCAAAAUCAUGAUGAAAAAGAUGAUUCUUCUUGUAUUAAUGGCUGCUUUUGCGAUCACAUCAGUGGAAAGCUAUCAUGUCGGUGAUAGCGGUGACGGAAAAGUGCAUUUCCUCAAUGUUUUAGAAGACGUCUGGCUAGAACGUGGAAGCAGAAAUUACAACUACCAUAAUCAACUAAUAAUCGCGCGAUUGCGUCAAUUUCCUUUGAAACGUUCGUUACUUCGAUUUGAAAGUCUUCCGGCAUCGUGCCCUACUCAAAAGAUUCGAUGGGCAAAGAUGUAUGUAUACUAUUCUUAUGCUCACAGGGCAAGUUGGCACACACCUCAAUCUUCCCCUGCACUUACGCACACAAUAAACAUCCAUCGCGUGUUGAAACCAUGGAAGGAGAGCCAGGCUACAUCAAUUUAUCGUGUACGUAAUGUCCGAUGGACCUCUACUUACUUAAAUUUAGGUCGAGAUGCAGAAAGACAUCCACAGUACCCACCCACGACUCUUUACACAUGGCAUCCUGGUUCUUUUAUCGAACUUGACGUCACUCGUGCUGUUGUGGAUUGGAGAAUGGGUGCACCUAAUUAUGGGGUGUUAAUGAAGGUGGUGAACGAAGCACAGAAUGGACGAGGAUUGAGAUUUAUUAGCAAUGCACACAAGGAUAAAAAGUUGCAUGCUAGAAUUCAAGUGAUGUGCGAUUACUAAAACAGAUAUUUUUUUUAGUACUGCAUUGGUUUGGAAUUUUAAUAUUUACGAUCGGGACAUUCUACUGGCAUGUAAGACAUAUUUAAAAUUAUAAUUGAGUAAACAAAAUUGUUGA